AUGGAAUCUUCCAACGGCAAUAUGGAACCUGUAACGUCGGGCUUACAGACGGCAAUCUCAGGGAAUGCUGAAUCCAACUACAUUCGAAAUCAUCAGUACACGAAGAAAGUCGCACCCAAUUACUACCCCGACAUCCAUUACAGUGGCCUUUCCCAAGUCGCCCCAGAGCCUGUUGGGUCCGGAACACAUCCCUUUCGAGAAGGCGAAUUCGUCAGUCCAGGGUUUUUCCAGCAGGUCGAUCCCAGCAUCUUCACACUACCACAAGCAGAGGCCGAGUGGUCGUAUAACAUGCGCCGCACUGCACAACGGAUAUUACCAUUUCUCUACCUAGGACCAUGGAGCUUCCUAUCGGAAAAGCAGUGGCUCCGAGACGAAGGCAUUACGUUGCUCCUGGGUGUACGCGAUAAACGAUUCGCACAGUCGCGACUUUUCUCGGGCCAGAAAGCCGCUGCGGAUGUGGGGAUUGAAGCGGACUCUUUAGACGUCGCUGAUGGGCAAGAUCUCAUCGCCAGGCUUCCGCAGGCAAUACGGCGCAUCAACGACCAUAUCUAUCCCACAGCGGACUUCGUGCCCGGCGCGCCAAAUCCGAAAAAAGUCCUUGUGUUCUGCGAGACUGGAAACGGGCUGUCCGCGCUGGUCGUAGUGGCCUACUGCAUGGUGAUGCUUAAUAUGUCGCUCGGCCAGGCGAUGAACUUUAUUCACUCUCAGCGGUUCUGCAUCGAUUUCGAGGACGGUCUGAAGCCGAUGCUGCUGGCGUUCGAGGGGCUCUUGGAGGCGAAGCGGGACGUUGAAAAUGCGAACAGAUCUGUCGGUGCGAACUCGUUUCUGGCCGCUCCGGUGGUGACGCUCUCGAAGAAGCGGAGCUUUGCCGAUCAGGAGGAGGACGAAGUGAUGGAUUUUGAUGGCGAGGAAAUGGAGAGGAAACCUACGGCACCAUUUCAGGAUCGCUGGGAAUAG